CGCAGCUUCUCUCAUACCCACAUUCAAAUUUAAACGCUUGUUGCUUCAACAACAAUCUACUCAAAAUGGAUGUUUAUACAUACGAAAAAUCAUUUUUGGAGCGCCUAAAGGAAGCGAAAGCUGUAUUAUCAUGGGAUAACGCGCCAAUGCCCGCCUCUCAAGUACGCUCCGAAUGGAAGUCCUACGUCGAGUUGCAAAUCGAGCCAGCAGGCUGGCAGGCUAUGUGGAAAAUACCGCGCGUCAUCUGUGAGGACUUGAAGCUGCGCUAUCCCACCAUUGUGUUUGGGUAUGUGGAGCAGGUCAUUUUCGACGAACUCAAGGCCGUAUUUACGGUGACUGCUGUGCAGGAUCCGGAUGUGCAUUUGCCGGAGAGCAAUGAAGUCUCACUGAUUGAACUGUGGCCAACUUUGCAGCAGGAGAAUUCGGCGCUAAAUGUGGACACCACUGCCGAGUGUAUAGAUCGAUUGCGUUUUUUCUAUUCACAUGUGUGGAUGCCAUGGGACAAGGACUACGAUGAUGAUCGUGAUUGGGUGCAAAUGCAUUUGCAGGCACGUAUACAGCUGGCUUGUGAUUUGAGCAAGAAUCGCUUGCCACGCCCACUGGCGCUGCAUAUGCGCACGCUGCUAAUGGAGGCGCGCUAUAUACAACAGCGUCUGGAGUACCUGGAGCUGGACAUGAGCGAUGCCGAGGCCGAGAGCGACGAUGAGGCCGUCGAGCUGAAUGACAAUACCACUGAUCCACCACGCAAACAACCCAAAACGGGUGGCAGUCCCAAAUCGAAUAACUUGAAUAAGUCCAUGUUGCCAGUGACGGAUCUGAUGUGUCUCCACCUGCGCCUAGCCAUCAUUCGCAGUGAAUUCGAGAUUCUUGAAAAUCCGGAAAUGCGUCGCGCCUAUAGUGAACUACAAAGCAAUGGCCUAAAGCGUCAUCUGCUGCAGCGCAGUCCUGGACGUCUGAGUCAGCUGGACGAACAAGUGGAUCAUAAGAAAAUGUGUCACCUGGUCACAGUGCCGUGUGAGCUGCAGGCACAAAUCGCCCUGCUCAAACUGGCCGAGCAGCGCGUAAAGCCAGAUACAAAAGUACAACUGGGCAAUACAUUGCAGGAUGUGCUCAGCAUUUCACAGGCCAACGAAGACAUAUUAAUAUCACCCGGCCAGCACACCAUAAAAUUCCUAGAGCAUCUCAAUGAUAAUGGAAGUAUUCAGGGUCUGAUCGAAGCGGAGUCGGUGAUCGAGUCAAAGCAUGAUCUAUCUAAGUUGCCUUUGAUCUGUUCGAGCGAUGAGGACAGUACUUUGUUAGUUAUCGAUGGAGACUACACUCUCGCCCAGCUAGUGCUGGACUGCCGGCAUGUACGUCGUGGCAUUCUGCUGCGCAAUGGUACGCUAACGUUGCGCAGCUGCCGGUUGUUGGGCGACGGCCGCUCCAGCACUCAGGAGGCCAUUGUGUGCAUGCCAGAAGCUCGCCUUGAGCUGCAGGAUUGCUUGCUGGAAAACUUUGCCAUUGGAAUUUCAAUGCGUGCCGAAACCAACGCCAAGCUUAACAAUGUCAAAAUCAGGAAGUGCAACACCGGCUUGGAAUUGCUGGAUCAAUCGGCUAAGCUGCAGCUGCUCGGACACAAUUGCAAUUUUCAUACCUGUAAACUGGGAAUUUUAGCAGAUGGCGUUCCUCUGCCCAAUAGCAAUGAAAAAUCGUUGGCCAUCAAACAUUUCAGUGAGCUGCAACGUUACAAUGAGAGCAAUUGGCUUGGCAAUUGUACAUUCAACAAUUGUCUACGUAAUAUACGAGCUUUCAAUGAAACGGAGCAGCUGCUGGCCAAGCGCACCCAUCAGAAUCUUCUAUUGGAGGAGCUGGACGGGGAGAACAAGGAAAAUAUAAAUUAGUUUUAGUGCAUGUGUCAUGUAAAUCGUCUAAUCAAAAUGCUUAUUUGUAAUAAACUCUUAUUACUG